GCCCGCCCGUUGGCAUCAAUGCACCCACUUAGCUGCCAGAAAGGCCUCCCUCCGACGGCAUGUCUGGCCAUAUUUCAUGUCUUGGGCAAUGGGGUGUCCUGUUCCAGAUAUCCCUCUGAUCGCCCAAAGCGUCGUCGCUCUUCUCAGGAAUUCUCCGUUAAUCUUUUUCCUUCCGUCCACCUGUCCAUCUCCUACUCCUUGAUACCCCCUGUUUGAAGAACUUGUCUUGUCUUGUCCUGUCUCGUGUGUCUUGUCAUUUCUUGUCGCCGUGUAUUUCCCCGACCCGCCGGUCUACCGCCGGUCUACCGCCGGUCUGUCUACCUUUGCUAGUCUCCGCAUUCAUUGAUACCUUGCUGCUUGUGCAGCGCGCAUUUCCGUCCUUGCUUCGGUGAUCCGUUCCAGGCUAGAGAUAAAAGUCUGGCCCGGCUACGGCGGCGGUCAUGGCGAACCUGCAGCAGCCCCAGCCGUAUAUUGCUAUAAGGACGAGGAGGCCGGACGGCGGAAGUUCCACCAGCAGCGUUGACUCCACUUACGGCUCAGGUAUCGGUGAUGCUCCCUCGGCCACCCACGACACAAGUCGCGUUAGCUACCAUGUGAAACACUUGGAUACCUUCGCUCAAACUCUUCAAGAGUCUGCCAGUAGGGCUUUCCCAAACAGAGGCCGGUCUUCCCAGCGGUACAAAAACGUCCAGGUACUUCUGCUUCAUUGGAAAACCGACGACCUCUUCGUGCUGCCAGAACUUGAGGACCUGGCAACGUGCUUCAGUGGAGACUAUGGCUUUAAUACCGAUAUUUUCGCAAUACCAUCGGAAAAUCCGCACCUGGAUCUAAUGCUCAAGAUCGGCGCUCUUAUCAAGGAGCACGAGUCUGAUGAUACCCUUUUUGUUGUCUACUAUGGCGGCCAUGCCAAGAUCGACGAGUCGAGACAGAGCACCUGGUGUGCAACUCGACACUCCGGAUCCCCAUCGUUGCAGUGGUCUGCCAUUCAGACCCUCCUGGAGCGCUCCAUAUCGGACGUCCUGAUCUUACUCGAUUGCUGCUCAGGGGCAGCUUCGGCAACCUUCCCUAAUGGCAAGAGCAUCACCGAGACAAUAUCCGCCUCAAGCUGGGAUGCUAUCGCACCGGACCCCGGGAGAUACUCGUUUACGAAUGCGCUCAUAGAGGUACUUGGAGAGUGGAGGCUGAGAACAUUCUCAGCAGCCAUGCUACAUGCCGAAGUUUUGGCACGUUUAAAACAUCCCCGGCCUAUUCGCAUCAAUGGGAAACGAUUCGAGGCUCGGUCGACUCCUGUACACUUUAUGAUGACAUCGGACCACAAGGCACCCAGCAUUGAAAUGAGUCGGAUGAUCCCAGAUGAUCCACAGCCUCCAUCACCGCCUCAGCCCUCCAGCUCCCUAGACGCAAGGCUGCUGGGUCGAGGGCCAGAAGAAAAUGGCUGCUUCACGGAACCGAAUGAGGACAAGCCCCAUGUGAUGAUUUCUCUGGCACUGGAAGACGACCAGAGACUGGACCUGAAUGCCUGGGAGCAGUGGCUGUCCAGUUUUCCAGCCCUGGCCAAAUACGUCACGGUACAAGGCGUCUUCAAGAGCCACUCCACGCUGCUGCUUCUGUCCAUGCCAGUUACAAUCUGGGACCUUCUUCCUGAGGACCAAGCUUGCUCCUUCGUGGCGUUCAUUCGGUCCAACAACCUCGUCAAAGCCCCUCCGGAGCCUGAGGCGUCUGCUGAAACCUUGGCUGAUCUGUACUCGAGCGACCGGGCAUCUGUCUUCUCGGGAACAACAUUCAGAGACAGCAUUAUCGCACCAUCAAUGCCAGCGUAUCCUCGCAGCCCCACUGCACAGCAGAAUAACCCACUGACUGAUGUUGCUGGACCCCAUAGGGGCGGGAACAGGUCAGGCAACUGGCGAACCCAGACGAGUAUGUCAAUACACCCGGACCAGCUGUCUUCUCAAACGCUCACGCGGGUGCCCCUGGGCAAUCCAGAAAAUCCAUCAAUCAAAUCCUCACGCUCGAUGGCCUCCUUCCGCACAGCUCCAUUGUCCGCUGUCAUGGGACUGGGAGAGGCAGCACUUGAGGGUGGAAUCAUCCGUAAACCUCUGCUCAACCAAUCUCGGAAUUCAAAGAGGACAAUAUUUGAGAAUGACAACGACGUCCCCGAAGGCCCAGCUCUAGCUGCGCAUGUCGUGGCGCGAUUAGAAGACUAUUAUCAGAAAGACCCGCAUCCGAGUGACGGAACAACAGAGUACUAUGCUUCUCAUCUCGGAAUCGAAGCUACAGACGUCAAGAUUUGGUUCCACCAUCGACGGCAAAGAGAGAAGGCAGCAAACAUGGAAAACACAAAAUCCGAGGACAGCAGGCUGGACAGCCAGCCUCGCCAACCCGGGCCACAAACUAUUCUCCCUGGCCACUUGAAUGACCUGCUCGGGAUCUUCAACCCAGCCCAAAUCCUCUUUGUUGACCUCAGGUCUCCAUCAGAAUUCCAGAAGUCACAUAUCCACGGUGCAAUCAAUCUACGUCUGCCACUGAAGUUCCUCACGACGGCCAGCCUAGACAUGCUUGGCCGAACAUUCACCGAUGAGCAGAGCCGCAGAGCCUUCUCCAGGUGGAGCAGGACGAGAUGUAUGGUUGUCUAUGACAGGAACAUCGAGGCGUCAUGGGAAUGCCCCGUUGCACAGGCGCUGCUGGACAAGUUCAGGGGUGAGGGCAGCUGGUCCGGAAGGUGCUUCCUUAUGAAAGGCCCCUUCCGCGAGUUCUGCCUCUCGUACGACAAGUAUAUCACGGGUGACAGGAUGACAAAAGCCGCAAAGAAAUAUGAGGACAGCCUCAGGGCCGCCACGCCCCCUACCGUGGACACGCUGAGGCAGAAGCACGCGCGGUUCGAGGAGUGGCUGCGCCGGGUUGAGCGCGAGGAGCCUGCUAUAGGUCACGAAGUCACACCAGCCGUGGUCAAGGAGCGUGCCAUGGUCGUGGACGAGCACCAGAGAGAACUGGAGGCAGAAUUCAAGGCUCGGUUCCCCGAUCUAUACAAGAACAUGGGGACGCCACCGCCGUCGCGAGCACCGCCGGCGCCGCCGAGAAAGGAUCAGGAGACGGCGUUCAAUGACCAUGAUUAUUUCGACAGCAGAAAGGGCCCUCUUGUGGGCCACCUCGCCACAGGCCUCGACAAGAUGCGAGAGAACGCCAACGGAACGUUGCAAGCAGGCUACUCCUUCCCCAACGAGAGGCUCCCGGACAAGCUCGGUGAGAUGCCGUCCCCAGACUAUGACGACUUCGACGAGAUCGACCCCCGAGAGGCCUCGCCAUCACCUUACUACGUCCCAGGAUUGGGUCGGUCCGCGGCGGGGACUGAUGUCGGCAGUGUGAUCAGCCAGCAGUCGAGCGCUACCUCCGGCAGCAAGAAGCACAUCCGCAACAACAGCCGUGAAACACAGCAGCAGCAGCAACAGCAGCAGCAGCAGCAGAGACAGGGGCUCUGGAAGCGGUUACGAAGCAACACCGGCGGGAAAUGAGGCAAGGAGGACGCGUCGCCGGCCGCUAUGACGGUCGCCAUUGUCGGCGAUCGUGCCACUCAAUGUACAUAUACCCUCCACAGAUCUUAAUCCACCAGAUCUGAAUAUAACCCUGGCUAGUGUCACCGCAGCACGGCCAUGAAGCUACAUAGAUGUGCUGGAGCUCUGCGAGCAGGGGGGCAAGCUGAGGGAAGGUGAGGUAGUCACCCAGUCGGGCCAGGAUUUGCAACCUCACGUUCCCUUUCUUCCCCUUCGACCCCCUCACGACCCCUUCUUCUCGGGGUACCAAGAACAUGGACACGAGGUUGGGUUUCGUUUCCACUAGAUAGACUUCAUUCAAAAAGAAUUGGCACAGAUCGUCCUUGUGCCGUCGCACAAACCAAGAACUGCGACACCGAGCCAGCCAGCAAGCAGCAAGCAAAGUUCCAAGCUGAGAUUGACGCCCUGGGGCCAUAGGCCGUGCCUUGCUAGGCAGCUUAGCUGCAGGAAAAGGCCGUGACGGGGUGGCGAGCAGGCAGUCGCGUUCGCUCCACGGACCUGGGAAUACCCCGUCAGCGAGUAGCCCAAGCCCCAGAUGGCCGGGCACGAAGGAUACGGUAGCGUUGCGGUGCACAAUGGAGGGUGAGAUUGAGAUGCCAACGGGUUGGAGAGCAGGACAGCGUAGUACCGAGCCGUUUAGCACCGUGACCCAAAACAAAUCCAACUUCACCGUGCCCGCCCCAUGCAGCACGACAACCUAUGCUACAGUGUGUACACACACACUCGAAUCCUUCCAGCCCUGUUUAAUUUGUUCUUCUUAGCAGCAUCGCUUAUUACUAUGUAGGGCCCUUAGGGCCGAGUCUCCCCAAUGCCGGCCCUUGAAUGAGUUCUCGAAAUACCAGAGUUCGGUCUAAGGGGUUCGUCGUCCAUCAGCACCACCAUCCCCAGUCCAGCAAUAGACCACGUAUAUACAUGCAAUAUCUAUAGCGGAUGCACAGCGGGAUAGUGUAGCCGUCAUCAACACCACCAUCCAACGUGCGCGGAAGAACUGCCGCCGCCGGACAAGACACAAGAUCGACGGCGAGGGCAGAUCUGAGGAUGAGAAAUUAACCCUCCAUCCACAAUCCCUUCCCUUCCCUUCGCUUGACCUUCCCUCCCACGUCCCCAGCCUCGCCGAAACCGAACCUUUCGCCCGGCGUGUCACCCUCGAACCAGCCCGGGCCCAGAUAUCACCCCAUCGUGGCUGAAUGGCCAGGUCGCUGGCUCUAUCCAUCUACAAUGGACCCCAUGGGUUUGGGAGUCUUGGUGUACUUGCCGAAGUGAACGCCACCAUCCCUGCCGGUCAUCAAGAGAACCCCUGGGCCGGCUAGGCUAUCCCAAGUCGAUACUUGCUCACUCACUCAGUCACCAACAACAACAUCAAACUAAGAAGAAGGAAAAUUCAAACUCCGUGUCGGUAGGCAUCCGUCCAUUUCCAAGAAAACCACACACAAACGAGCCGAAUGCCUCGAAGCGAGAUAACGUCUUCCUCCCCCACCCCCAAUCCCGCCUCUUCCCUCCGUCAAGCCCGCAUCCGCCCUUCCAUCGCGUGCCAGUUAUAGCCCCCGUCAGCCCGCAUGCAUGCACCUACCAUGAAACCACCAGCACCCCCACUAAAGAAACGAGGGUUCUUUCGCUUCCUACGCGUAUUCGGUUUUUUGCUUUUCGGGGGAGGGUGGUACCGUGAAGAAAUACUUUCCCCUGACAGCCGACGGUUCGGGCAGAGUACCCAUUGUGUCCAUGUAGAUGCGGUGUGCAACCACCCAAGCCUCACCCAGGCAACGGUAGAGGCCGAGCCCAAGCCCAAGCCCAGCCAGCCAGCCAGCCAGCCAGCCUCCUUCCGGGCCUGCAUCGUGCCAAGCCAGGGCAGGAAGGAGGAGACGAUGUGAUAGAUCACGAUGGUGCCCGGUUAUGAUGCCCGAUAGCAAGCUAAACCACUCGCAUCCCCCGUGACCCCCUUGCCUCGUCCCCAAGCGGCGGCACUUGUAUGGCAAUCUAUUGUGCGCACAAGGGCCCGACAUCGAAGCAAAAAGGAAGGAUGAAGAAGAAGGAUAAGAAGGAAAAAAGGAAAUUAGCACACCCAAGAAACCCAACCGAGGCGGCCGCACACCCAAUCGCGGAGCUCACGUCGAGCUCCCUUGGGGCGAGGAUGCGCGAUUGGUUCCCAAAGAAACAUAGCAUGCAUUCCGCAUACAUCCAAUGCAUUCACCAUCCAUACUCCCUACAUGCUACAUACAUAGGGCUGCGUAUGAGGUGGCGCCGCCAUCGACCGCUGCUGCGAACACCGUCCGUGGUGCGCCCGGAUUUCUGGGGAUGAGGUAGGGGUCAACGGGGUGGUGUCCGUGUAGAUUAAGGUUCAGUCAAGGUCGCAGGUUGACAAGGACAACCGCACCAGGCGCAUGUCGGAGGACUCAGCUGAUCCUGAAGUCGUGGGUGCUGGCCCGGGGCACAAGCAAGCACAUCGGUCCAGGGGAGAACUGUCCCAAAACUGUCCCGCGCAGAUAAGAGACGAGAAGUGGGAAAGAUGGGAUCAAGUUCCUGCGCAUAUGCGUGGUGACCGGACCGAUCGUGUGUGCAUUGAGCCGCCUUGAGUGUGUGGGCGAGCGCAGCACGAGUGACGGAGAACGUCUAGUGUCUGGGUAUGCAGAUUCGCAGCAUCAUCCAUUUUGGGAAGAUCACAUAUCCUCCCUGAAUACAAUAAUCCUGGGGUUGGCCGUCUGGGCGGGGCAUGAAAAAGAAGUGUCGGUCCGCCCUCGCCGUAACAAUGUCCGGUCGUCAGGUGCAAACCAAGGGGCCGGCGACGAAAGAGGAACAGCCGUCCUGGGUCCGGCUCGGUAGGCACCGCGGUAUUGGCCUGGUUAGGCCCAGGAAAUUGUUUCUUUUCCAGCCACGGAGCCUCAGCUUAUCGCCAGUUGCGAUAGGGCGUGUGGUGGGCCUGGGGUGUUUUAGCCCGUUUCUUCUUUCCUCCCAAGCAGCCUCCUACAUAGCAAUGUCCCGUCACAGGUUUCGAAACUCGGGACAGGGCACCGUAAGGGAAGAAUAUUGUUUGCCACGACUCGCCACGUCGUGCUUCUCGCACAGGCACGUUCGAGAGUCCCGAUGCCAGACCGGAAACCUGUCAGUGUAUGCACGUCACACAGCCAGCCUUGUUGGGAAUCUUCGUCUGGCAACAACACGACUUUGGCUGAAAAGCAUGGCGUCUCGGGGAUUUUUUGGUCGAUGUAGCAAGCGCGAUUCGCUGUUGCGGCCAAAGUUUGAGACGUCAAGGGAGAUGGGAUGGCUGCGCCACGCCCGCCUCCUCCCCGUCAGCUGCCUAUCAAUCGUCUGACCGGCUGCACACCCUGGCGACGAUGUUCGUGUCAAUCUCGUCGCCCAGGUCGCCCUACCACAACCAAAACGCCAGCGGCUUGCGGGGGACGCUCUUCGCGACUGGUCAGAGUGAAUUUCCUGCAGGACGUGCUUCUCGGCAGGACCCAGAUGGCCCCUGCGGACGACGUCGAACAAGGCUGGGCAUCUGAAGAAACAUCGCGCCUCGUGCCUCGCGGCCAUUGCCCCCUGCACGCCCUACCUGGACGGUGGAAAGCAAACAAGUCCAGUGCCACUGGGGCUCAAAUGCGACAGGCAGCCGGAUUCUCGCUACAGUUGCAACAACUCGGGCCAUGCCUGGCGGGUUAUCCGGCCAUCCUGGUAGUUUAUGGAGCCCAAGCUUUGUAGAUGUCUCCAUUCUUCGGCCGCACAUUUAACAUUCGCUCAGACUCGUGUCGACAAAGGCCCGUAUCGACCCUGGCGUCCCCAAAACUCAAGAAUGUUAAUCCGUCCCCACGCAGUGGAAUGGCGGGCGAGAGCACAGAGAACGAGACGGAGAUUUCCAUGGCCUGAUCUGGUACCAGGCACUGGGCAUGUCCUUGCGUUUGCCGUGGAGCUUGUCACUUUAAUCGCGACGGCCGGCGGGGCCUGGGACUUUUGACGGGGUCGAUCUCUG